AUGGCUUCUGCCGCGGAGCAGACCCUAAACAGGGAUCCAGCGCUCUUCUACUGGAUCCUGAUUCCCAUAACCCUGGUCAUGAUCCUGACAGGCGUGCUGCGACACUAUGUUACAGUCCUGCUACAAACACCACCCAAACCGGCCGCCACGCCGUCCGAGUCGCGAGAGCGCCUGUCCCUGCUCCGUGGUCCUCAACUGCGCGCCAACUGCCCCGCGCUCUCUCAAGCCGCCUUCGAAACCCGCAAAGAAUACCUGAUCGAUAACUACAAAAAGGGCUCCUUCCUCAAGAACCCGGGCAACAAAGAAGGUCCCGCCAACCCCAUGUCCGACCCCGCCGCGAUGGAGGGCAUGAUGGGCAUGAUGAAGGGCAAUAUGGCCAUGAUGAUUCCGCAGACGCUGAUCAUGAGCUGGAUCAACGCCUUCUUCGCCGGCUUUGUGAUCCUGCGCCUGCCCUUCCCGCUCACCAUCCGCUUCAAGAGCAUGCUGCAGAGCGGCGUCAUGACGCGCGACCUCGACGUGCGCUGGGUCUCGAGCCUGAGCUGGUAUUUCCUGUGUCUAUUUGGUCUGCAGGGUGUUUUUAUCUUCAUCCUCGGCAACGAAGGCGCUGCCGCGCAGAUGCAGCAGAUGGCUGGUGGAAUGCCCAUGGGCGCGCAGCAAGGGGCUGGGCCGUUGCAGCCUGGCCAGGAUCCCGAUAAGAUGUUCAAGGCGGAGGCUGAGAAUCUCGAGGUUGCAGAGUGGUGGGGCGUGCUGGACGGUGCGGAGGAUAGAUUGCUGGCGGCCAACGCAUGA